AUGAAGGAAGCUACGAUCCCGGUGCCCGAAGCUCCUGCUGAUGUGGAAGUCAGUUCGGCUGGCGAGGACACAGAAGACGACAUGGCCUGCGCGGCUCAAAAGGACGGGAGCUCAAUGGAGGAGCCUUCCACAGAGGUCAACAACCUCGGCACAAGGAGCUUGACGGCGUCUCCCAGCCAUGAACGGAAGCCUUGCCGACGUAGUGCUUUGCGGCACCGCAGCUCAAGAGAGUUGCGGAUUGAAGAGAAGAAGGCUGAAGCAGCUGAGGCUGCCCCGGAAGCAGGCUCUGAAAGGCGAGCAUGCAGCCGUGUGGACGUGCAUGCUGGUGAGGCGGCAUCCGGCACCUCCAGCGCACGGCAGGCCUUGCAGAAGCUUUUCCAAUCCAUGCAGAAAGAAAAGCCGAAGCCAGGUUCUUCUUCGGAGUCCACUUCCAAGCUGUCGGAGACGAGGAAGGCUUUGAGCAAGCUGUACGAAUCCAUGCAACAGCGAAGCAACUCUUCCUGA